AUACAAUGUUGCGUUUGCUACUGCUCACUCUGGACAGGCGUGUGUGCCACACAGGCACAGCUACGUGUGCAGAUUGAGUACUCAACUCCCCACUUGAAACUGCUUCUUCCAGAUACUGACAGUGAGAUCCGCGACGUGGUUUUUCACUACGCCAUCCACGGACCAAUCCACACGGCAAGGGCUGUUCGCACAAGUUUCGGAUGGCAGUUCUCCAGAGAUAUCACCGAGCACGUCCACUCCAUUACCGCAUACGCUGAUGUCCACUAUAAGAAUGGACUGGCUAUUACCACCACUCGCCACACUCUUACUGCAGAUACCCAGAAUGUUAUCCUACCCGGCUCCAGACGCAUCCGAGCGGUUCUGUUCAGAGAGGACUUUAACCAGGAGUUUGAUCCUUGGAACAUGCAUACCUGGAAAGUGGAGGUGUCUAUGUUUGGAGGCAGGAACUGGGAGUUUCAGGUGUACACCAAUGACAAGAAGAACGUGUAUACUCGUGACGGAAACCUGUACUUGGCUCCAGUGCCAACGGUCAAUGACCCCAGAUUUGACGAAAAUUUCCUCAAGACUGGGACAAUGGACGUUGCUGAACUAUGGGGCCUGUGUACCAACAACGCCGACUACGGCUGCUCCAGAAGUGGCGCCAAUGGCAUGCUGCCGCCCGUCAUGUCCGGCAAAGUGUCCAGUCAACCAGCCAUUAGAUACGGAACAGUGGAGGUCCGAGCAAGGAUUCCCAGGGGAGACUGGAUAUGGCCAGCUAUCUGGAUGAUGCCCAAGGACAGCGUCUAUGGAGUCUGGCCCAGGUCGGGAGAGAUUGACAUCAUGGAAACAAGAGGCAACGCUGGCCCGCUGGGAGUGGAGACUGUAAGUAGUACCCUCCAUUGGGGAGAUGCGUGGGACAACAAUAAGUGGAGUUUAACGCAUGCAGAAAAAUCCAGUCCAGCUGGAAAAACCUGGCACGAUGACUUUCACGUGUGGAAAAUAGAGAGGACACCAGAUCACAUCAAGACUUUCAUUGACGAUCAGGUGAUUCUGUCAGUGGACGCACCAGCCGAUGGCUUCUGGAAGUUUGGAGGCCUCAGCAGCAACGUCUGGUCUAGUGGCAGCAAGAUGGCACCCUUCGACCAGGAUUUCUACCUGAUCCUCAACGUUGCUGUUGGAGGAAUCAACGGCUACUUCUCGGACACUGCUAACUGGGGUGUGAGAAAACCCUGGGCCAACAACUCCCCUCAUGCCAACCUGGACUUCUGGACAGCCCGCGACGACUGGCUGCCCACUUGGCAAGGCGACCAGUCCGCUCUUGUGGUUGAUUACGUUGAGUUCCGGGAUUAG